AUGUUUUUGAUUGAUUUUGUUCUCGAGGAUAUGCCUCACGAAGCAGGCUGGACUAGGGGUCGUCUUCUCGAUUUUUGGGUGGCUGGUGCUGACUAUACCAUGACGAUGCGCGUCGAGUCAGUUGUCUCCAGUGUUGACAGCAAACAACUGUCGCCUCGAUGGCGACUAAUCGCCGACGGCUAUGUUCGCCUCGCCAAACUUACGAAAUCGGCAAAUCCGGCGAAUGAAGCAGUCUCCCGUAUGCUACACAUAGUUUCUCGUGUGGAACCAGGCACCACAGGCCAUCGAAUCCUUGACAUGGUCUACCAUAACACAAUAGCUUGUACGCCUGCAUCCGCUCAGGACCCUGGUUCGGCAGACCCGUCGUCAGCACUUCCGGAUACCUUCCGGCUCAAACAACGGUCUAUUUCUCUCACGCAUGAUCAGCGCCUCGCGCUGCGACUCGGGAUGACAGAUCACCCGAUCGCGGAAAUACAAGCCGCUUUCGGCACAGGUAAAACGUUCCUUGGUGCUGUUAUAGCGGGCCUUCCUCGUUCAACACAAAAAGGAACGCAUCAUAGUCACAGCCACCACCAACACCGCUGUUGCUCACUUCGCCUCCACUAUGCUAGCAGUAGAGGAGUUCCGCUAGGUCCGUCUCUGAAUCUGCGUUUCGCGACGAGUCCCCUUCCACUCCCGUCGACAUCCAUGAAGUACUCAAAAAACUUUGCUGACUCCCUGAAACCACAAGAGCGUGACUCCUGUUCUCGCUUCCGCAAAGGACGACUGCUUUACGAGCAGUACGCCCGUGACCCCGACCGCACAAUGAACAUGACAGAAUCGGAAAUCGACGGAAUAUAUAUUGGCUGA